CCUGGAACUAGUUUUCAAAAGUUCACUUGCUUUCUACAAUCCAAAAUAAAAGCAAAGUAAGCCAAAAAACAAGAGAAAGAAAAGAAAAUGGCUUUCUCAGGCCUCUCAUUUGCUGCUUCUCUCGUUGUCUUCUCAUCUCUAAUCAUAUCCUCCGUUGCUUAUUACGGCAAUGAAGCCGACCCCGAGACCGAAAAAUUGAUUCCGCUCGCCGUUGAAGGUGUCAUCAUGUGCAAGUCCGGUGACAAAUCUUACCCAAUUCAAGGUGCUACGGCGAGAAUUCAAUGUGUGAAGACAGACGCAUAUGGAAAAGAGUUGGUUCCAGUCUCAAUUCUGAGCAGCAAAAGCGAUGCCAGAGGUUACUUCUUCGCCACGUUUUUCCCUUCACAGCUUCGUGCAGGAAGGCUGCUGACCAAAUGCAAAGUUUUCCUUGCCCAAUCUCCAAUCGCUGACUGCGAUUUCCCGACCGAUGUGAACAAAGGUGUGAGAGGAUAUCCCUUGAACAAGUACCGUGUUCUUGAAGACAAGAGUUUCAAGCUUUACUGGGCUGGUCCUUUCUUCUUCACUUCUGAACCUACUUACUACUAACUGUCUUCUUUUGGUGAACAUGUUCUUGGAGUCUUUUCGUUUGUUUGAUUCGUCGUGUAACAACGUUGUCUGAAAAUGAGCUAAGAGUAUGUUUUUAAUCUGUUUAUCAUGACUUUUCAUGUAUGUUGUCUUUCUUCGGAAUUUUAUGGUAUUUGUUCUAAUCAUCUAAUCGCUAAAAUUGCUUCCCUCUUUUUCUUUUUUUUCAUAUAUUUUUUUUUGGUCAAAUUCUUUUUUAUAUAUAUAUGA